AUGGCCUGGGCCAGCAGCGAGUGCACAUGCAUCGCUGAGACUGGGCCAGACGAAGGCUGGGACAUGGCUCUGGUGUUAGUGUUGGCUUUCAGUGCGCUGGGUAUUUUCCAGGUGCUACGGGACGUCAGAGAAGAGCUGGAUGCGGAUAUAUGCCAGCACAUGCAGGAGCGUGUGGAGUGGCUGAGGCAGGAGAUUGCUCAGCUGUUUGAAGAGAUGGAGCAGAACCCCCAAGAGCCGAGCAGGCUGGACAGGGGAGCCCUGCACUUCAUGAUCUUGCAGGAGUGGCAGUUCUGGCCACCUGCCGGGCACAUCUUCCACACUGAGCUGGGCACCGAAGGGGAGACGCUGCUGAGGAACUGCCAUCUGCAUGUGGAGCUGGAGUGCAUGUGCAUAAGGGAGCAGUGGCAGGGAGAUGUGCUCUGCUUCCUCCACCACCCUGAGGACGAGCUGAUGAGCAGACAGGAAGCCAGCCUCCUACAAACCUUCUGCACCGGCUCAUACCUCAACGUGCAGAAGACCGCCUUCUGGCUCCAGGAGCUGAUGAGCAUAGCCUCGGUUGCUCUGCCUCAGAUGGCCACGUACAACUUCAUGGUGCUACCCUCCCCAUGCUUCUGGAAGCUCAAGCUUACUGACAUCUUGGGGAAAUCCCUCCGCAUUGAGCUGAUCUUGGCGGUGGAGGAAGGCAACUCGGAGACAUUUGUGACCAUGGAAUAG